CGCGGCCUGAGGACGCGAGCAGAGAGCGGGCUUCGCUCUGCGGCUGCGAGGCUGCGUCCGUGGCUAACGCUUGGGUGAAAAGCAGUUUUUAUCGCAGAUCCCCUCGCUGCGCCGUAGUAAUAGCCAGCUUAGAGAGACAUCCACAGGAGGUCGCGGGAAUAAAAAAUGACGGCGGCCAAAGGUCAAGGAAUUACAGGAAGUGGGACGUGAUUUAAGGAGGGAGCGUUUGGAAGCGGCGCCGCUAAAGUUUUUAGCUGUCGUUGCAUGAAUCACAUCCGGUGGUGAUUUUACGAUUCCGCGCUGAAAUGAAUGAGAAGCUGUUCCUGCAGCAUUGUAAGGUCAUUUAAAUCACCAGUAACACCUGCCAAAGGAAAAAUCCAUAGCUCCAUAAUCCAUUAGCCGGCGUUGUCCUUCCUGCAGCCGUUUCAUAUCGAUCGCACUCUCCUUUAUGAAUAUGAAGCGAAAUCAUGCAAUUCUAUGCUCAAAAGUCUGACGCAAAUCUGAGCAAAACACAGAAAAUAAGUGGAGGGGACUAUAAUUACUCAACUUAUUAUCACUUCUGUGACGUAUCUCCAGUUUGUUACAGGGUGAAACUAGAGCAUAGGUUUCAGGGGGAAGUUUUUAUGGCAGGGUGAGACGGGGGACUAUUUAUUUCACAAGCCAAGGUCUGGAAUAUGACAAAUCCUGGAGAGGAAACCUGUUUGGGGCUAAUGGCGUAGUGCAUCAUCUGUGGUCUCCUUCUCUCACCCACCAUAUUUUGGGAACGUUCGGAAGAAUUAAGCAGCGGAAUGCAAAAGCCUCUUCUGUCUGUGUUCAAAUACCUGAAUACCGAGCGCUCGUAUCGGUCGUAUUGGUCUCAUCAAUGUCUUCCAAUAAUCAUGCUUUGGAAAAAUGUUUAAUGUCGUAUGACUUAAACUGAAACCUAAAACUUCAUCUACACACAAAGCUGAUGUUGUAUUUGUCUGUUUUUAUUCUCUUGAAAUGCUUAAAAUGACAUUAUUAUAAAUAAGCUUGACUUUGGCUUCAAUAAUUAGACUGCGGUCUCAGUGCUGGAGACAAACUGUGAUCAUUCGUGUGAACAGAGCCUUCUAACGUUGAAUUAACCCAGUGACAUUCAGUAUUUUGUGUCAUUUUCUGUCUGUAUCUGAUAAUCGUGCAGACGACUACAGGCUUUGAAAGCGCAGCCUCUGAGCAUCAAACAAACCUCAGAAUGUGCUGCUGCGAUGGAAUUGGACGCCGCUCAGAACGUCCGGGAGGAGAAACAGGAAACCAUCAAAAGAGGUGGCAUGAGAGACAAAUGUGGGAGGGCGGAGGCAGACAUCAGGGACCGAAGGGAGGAGACCAGAGAUGGAGGUUCAGGAGACAAUCAUCCACAAUGGCCCCGCUCAGCCCAGUGCUGUCAGAAGGGAUCAUCUGACUGAACCAUGAUGAACCGCAGCUCUUUGCUACAGUUUGUACAACGCGCCUUUAAGGACAUCAAGCACCAGGUGUCACUUCCAACCUCCAUCCGCAGCGGCUCAGGAUCAGCAGCGACACGGAGGCCGCUGACAGCUGAAGUGAUUUACGCUGAUUAUCUGCUUUCAGUGGCACCUGUCAGCGGGUGGGACGGAUUAGGAGAGCGGGCGCUUCGUGAGGCUGACGCGCUGGAAGCAGGAAAACGGGCGCGUAUGAAGGCGCGUCAGAUGCGAUCUGUGGCGGCCAGACGUUCGCUCCGUUCUGCGUGAGCGGCCACAGCCGUCGCGUAUCGAGACCUGAGCUCUGCGGAAAACACAAGGAGGGCCCUUGUGGUUCCACUGGUCGCAUCCAAAUGCAUGGAUUCGUCUGCAAAAGUCAAAAUGGCCAGAUGGUGAUGGGGAAAUGUCACGGUGGCUGCAACGCGUGACCUGAAGGCGUUUAGUGCCUAUUGGUUUCAGGAUUUAGAUUUUUAUAGUUGCAUAUUAUAUUUAUUAUUUAUAAGAUUAGCACUGCAUGCUAAAUAGUUGCAUUUCAUUGUGUAGUUUGCAUUGCCACUGUUGCAGAGGCUUUUUAAUAGCUCAUGCACCAGUUUCCCUCUGGCACAAGGAAAUUAAUUUCGCUUUAGCGAUGCUAGCGUUGUUGUCGGUCUCUGAAUUAUUUCAUUCACAUCUUCUUUUGUGCCUGCGCUGGUGGAUGUGCGAUAUCUCUUGUUCUGGGCUUAUCGUGCAGGAUUCAGGAUGCGAUGGACGGGCUGAGUGGACAGCAGCGCCAGGCAGCAGACGAAGCCGCCUUUUGUUCGUGUAAGAAACAAAAAACGUGGGGGGAAGAAGACGCUACGAGGAGCUCACAGACACAAACGCACAGGCUCAGACGCAGACCUGAGACGCAGACCUGAGGCUUCUGCAGGCGGCCGACGGUGAGGAAUCUGCAGCAGCGUUUGAUCUCUGCAUCAGGACCCGCAACUACGGCUCCUUCCUUUUGUCUAAACGGCAGAGUUUUGCUGAGACGCUGCAACCGCGGGAGAAAAAAAAAAGUCAGAAUGGCUGAAAACCGCUGAAUCCUCAGAUUUGUUUUGGUUGAACUGUACAUUGUAGACGUUGCCUCAACCUCACAUGCAUUAAAAUCCCAUUAAGACAAGCUAUUUACACAGGGUGUAAUAGAGAAAUGAUGGCAGUGACCUCACCGCCCACUCAAAGUUCAACAUUUAAGAAAUUGUUCCAUAAAUGUAGUUUAAUGACAGACAUUCCCUGGAACGCUGAGGUCUUUCUACUGGUCUGUUUACUGGAUGUGGUCCCUCUUCUCAUGACGUCCACCACGCUCCUCUCUGCGGAGAAGCCAGAGCCUCUUGAAACGAGAGGCCGCGUCUAAAGCCAAGGAAGCCGUUGGAAGACGACGCCUGCAGCCAAAUGCGCCUCUUUUUGCUUCACUGGUUGUUUUUUGGAAGGAUGGGAAUAAACAACAAAACUCGAACAUCCUGUUUAUGCGACUACAUCCUUGAUGCUGAAUGAAGUCACGGAAAUCCCUCUGGGUCACAAAAACGAAAUUUGCAUCAUUUCCAAAAUAAAAAUAGGUUAAAAUUUUUUCCAAAAUGUUCCUUAAAUAAACAACGCUUAGUGACUGUUAUUUACACAGACUUGUGUUGGGAGGUGCAGGGAAGUUAGCGAGGCCUCAGAACGAGCCGUGCAGCAGCCUCCUGCUCCCGCGGAGCAGAGGAUGUGCUGAUUCCUCACACUUUCCCCUUUUGUGAGCGAGACUUUUAUUUUGUAGCGAUGAAAUGUCACCGCGGGUGCAGAGAUCACAGGGAGCUUCCUGUCUCGGCCGCGCGGCUUCAUGGGAGCUGAGCACCGUCGCCGCGUCACGCAGCUAAUUAAAACCAGAUAAAAAAAUCCGUCCCAGUGAAAUAUUAAAUAUUAACUUGGCCGUGACUUGUAACAUCUAUCAUUGGGUCGACACUGUAAUUAAGAUAAUGAAGUGUAAAUGCAUUAGAAGUUCUAUUUAAAACACUGUUAGGACUUUUUGAAUGCUCUGCUGUGUGGAUCCUUUUAGGGCCUCACUGUAAACUCAGACAACUUGAGCGUCGGAGUUUGUUUUAAACACUGGACAAGUCAUUUAUAUGUUAAUUUGAGAUGGGCUCUACAAACCUUAUCGAGUCCUGGGUGGUGACAGUGUGACUUUCCCAACUCAAAGAAAUGUCUUUUUAUGAAUCUGUUAUUUAAUCAUGUUCCCUGUCGCAUCCCGACAGACUCCUAAAUGAGGGAAGGAGCCCGACGACGCGUCGGUCCUGUUCUGCCCUCGCUGUUUAGCUCUCCGCUAAAGUCAGGCACGUCCUGUGAAGGAAACACAGAUAAUUACUUUGGGAGCAGUUACAGCUGUAAUGAAACUAAUGAGAGGGACUCGUAAAUUAGACAAAGCACAGCCCCAGUCUGUCGGCUGAGCAGCUGAUCUUCUCCCUUUUCUCCGCGUGUCCUUCAGGGAAGAUGCACCGUUAGCGCUGACAUGAUUUAAGGCAAAUAUGGUCUUCCACGUUCAUCCGUGGCUUUAUCGCCCCUCCCUUAUCUCUCCUUGGUUCCCCCUUCAUAGUCCCAUCCAUCUCCAGUUCCAGCCUCUCACUUUCCCCUUUCUUCCAUCUCUGUCUUUUUCUUCCUCUCAUAUCCGUCCUCCCUUCCUCCCUCCCUCCCUCCCUCCCGACUGUCAGCCGCCCGGGGGCAGAGCACAAGAGUCAAAAAGCACAAUCCGAGUUCAGGGCUGAAAUGGGGAGAGAGAGAGAGCGAGAGGUUGUAUGGUUGCACUUUUCUUCUAAAGCAGCGACGCUCUUAUUUUUUAUAUUAUUACUAAAAUCUGCUGACUAGAAGAGGGAGCUCAGCAUUACACAGCUCAUGCAGUACAUUCUUUCCUAAAAAAUAAUACUUCUGGAUAAUACACCCCACACAGAAACGAAAUCCACUGUUUCUGACUGAUCUGUGUUCAGUUGUUGGCCCGGUGCUGCUGGAAUGAGAGUCAGUCGGCACCAUUACCCGUGGGAGGGUGUCAGAAAUAGUGCUGGCAAAAUAAUAAGCAGGUGCCGUUUAACCCGGCGCACUUCCCUUUGUGUGCAUUAGUCACACAGGGCAAAUGUUUGGAGACAGAGGAGGAAGACGGAGACGGAGCGCAGAAGCAGGAGCAGAAAUGGGGCAAAGGUGUUCGGCUCCACAGUGAGACGUGCCACACACGAGGGGGGAAAUAAUCAAAGCCAACACCCACGCGCUCCAAUGAGCCCAAAAGAGCUGCGAAAAUGAGCCUCAUUGAUACAGAGCGUGGAGCAGCGGAUGCCAGUCUGUUCAUCAUGUCAGUACCUGAAGCGAGGACCAGGUAUCAGUUUCCUGUGAAUAUUCAGACUUCUGCGUGUCAAUGUGUGGCUCCAUGACGUGCGGGGACUUUUGCUGGUUUCGAUCCGUAGCAAGAAGGCGCUGGAAGUGAAGUCUCUAUAGGAUCUAUAGGCAGCAGGGAACGCGCGCUCACGUUGCAUAUUGUAUUCAGGCCGAUAAUGGGGAUAAUAGAAUACACGUCAGCUGUUAAUGCGCGGACACAGAGAGGCAGAUUCACUGUGGCAAUCGUUUAAAGCGAGUGCGGCAGGAAUCCUGGCACAUUAAACGAUUCCGUCGGCGCCACGCGCCCAAAACAAUUUCUUGCUUGAGCGGCCGUAUUUGCUUGUUCUGCGGUCUGAUUAGGCCGAGUCUCAGCCGGCGCAGGGAGGCCGCGCCCGCAUCGAGCGCCGACGCCUAAUAACAUCGUCUGUAAGGAUAAUUGUGAGAUUGAUCCAAACAUGCAUGUGGGUAAUGGCGUUCAUUUGUCACAUUAGUGAUCAGUGUAUGAAAUUAGCUCCUAAAGAUGCAGAAGUUGCCCGACGCCAUCAGCCGUUUCUAAUUAUGGAACAAAUAUGGAAUUAGUGGAAUUAUGGAGUGGGUAUUUAUGGGUUUGGCAUUAAAUAUCUAUUUCUUUGGAUGUUCACAGAUUCGACGCAGCGCGUGACCUCACGGUGGCCUGAGAGGAACGAGACAGGCUGUAAUUUCAGCUGUUGACGCGGAUGUGAUCAAAAUCUUAAAUUAGUCCUUGGACUCAUGAUGAAGCGAUGCUCGGAGUAAUGCUGACAGUUGCAGACAGAUGAAUGAAGCCCCGUUAGCUUCGAUAGGAGCGGGACGGGCCCGUUCUUUAAUAAAAUGAAAAGGGAAACAAUUGCUUAUCAGAUGCUCAUAACGAGGCUGUUAUAGCUUUAAUUGCAACGUGUGUGUGUGGCACUUCACCGCUUCAACGGGGAUCAAAUCGUUUCACGCUGGUCUUUUUGGCUUUUAAGCAGAAAUCCAGCUGGCCACAGAAACACAGGCGGCGACUGCGAGAACGUGCAGCUCGUCGCUCAGCGGUGACGGAUGUAAAUAGAUUUUGGUCGAGGCUAAAGGUUUUCACUGUGACAGCAACAGACAUCAAACGUCAUGUUUGCUCUUCAACACUCGGCUCCAGUCCAGUGAUAGGCAGCCACACACACACACACACACACACACGCACGCACGCACACACACACACACGCACACACACACACACACACACACACACACACACACACACACACACACACACACACACACGCACACACACACACACACACACACACACACACACACACGCACACACGCACACACGCACACACACACACACACACACACGGCUCCAACUAUUCUAUUCUGGUGAUCAUAAUUAUUUGAUGGCGGAGCUUCUGGUUUCUCCGUCCCCCUUUUGUACACACGAUCUGGCUGUGAAUAAUUCAGCGCAGGCAGCUGCAAAGGCGGGUGACUGGGAAGAGCGCGGCAGUGGAGCUCAGGAGGCCGGACGCACGGACGCUCCACCGUCCGCCUGCCCUGCGCCACCGGCGGCCUUUCGCACGUGCACGCGUCGGGCUCCGCCUUCACGUCCGGACGCCGCCGGCGCUGCGGCCGCUCGCCCGUCGGCCGCCAUGGAGGAGCUCCAGAGGAAGAUGAGCCAACGCUACGAGGACACCAAGCCCAGGAAGGUGCGAUUCAAGCUGGCGUCGUCCUACAGCGGGCGCGUGCUGAAGCACGUGUACGAGGACGGCCAGGAGCUCGACAGCCCGGAGGAGCAGUACCCUCACAGCUUCGUCCGCCGCAAGCUGCCGCCCAGUCAGCUGGAGACGGAGCAGCUCUCUGGGUUCCAGGACGCGCCUGAGGACCGGCAGGGCGUUUACCCUCCGACGGGACUCAUCGCCCAGAGAAUACACGUGUACAGAGGGAUGGGAGGCUGCAGGCCGGCUGCUGGUGCGAUGGAGGAGUCAGAGGGUGACGCCAAAUCAUCAGUGUUGGACUUCGGCAAGAUAAUCAUCUACACCAGUAAUUUACGCAUCAUCAGAGCCCCGCAGAGGAAACCGGAAGCUUCGCGGCACCACACGCUUCCCCCUCUGGACCUGGAAGGACUCGCGAAGGCCCGGGAGAAGGGGAGCAGGCGGAAAGCUAAGGGUCCCUCUGCACAGGAGCGCGAGGAGGAGGAGGAGGAGGAGCAGCCGAUCAGCCACACACAAGCCGAGGGGGGUGUUCAUAUCCGGCAGCCUCCUCUGCGUCUCCGUGCAGCCGCCACCUUAUUUGUCCUCCAUUCUUCCCUCCGUCUGCCUCCCAUCGUCUUCAUUUUAUCUGUCAGCUGUGAGCGGAUACUGAUGAGUCCACGCUUCCACUCUGCCGCCGCAGCAUCUGCCUGCUAAAGUCUGCUCCCGCUCAGCUCCUCCGCUGAUUAUGGCUCUCCACACAUCAUUUUCUCACCCCUUUACUAUUUACUAUAUGUUCUCUGCCUUUGGAAAAAAGAAAUAAAUAUAAAUAUAUGA